AUGUACCUUGACUUGUACAGGGGGCUAAACUUAAAGCCUAAGGACCUGACAGUUUAUGAUUCACCUUUGGUGAGUUUCGACAGGAAGGUUAUCAUCCCAAAGGGUCAGAUCAGGUUGCCCGUGCAGGCGGGUUUAGAAGUGGUUGAAGUGGACUUCAUUGUGGUGGACGCAUACUCUCCUUACACGGCCAUUGUGGCCAGAUCCUGGCUUCAUGCCCUGGGGGCCGUUUCUUCUACCCUGCAUUUGAAAUUGAAGUAUCCAUUAGGGGAUCGGAUUGAGGAGUUCAUGGGGAGUCAAUCCAUGGCUAGGCAGUGCCUUAUGGCUACAAUUAUGCAUCAGCCUGCGGCUGAGUCCUCGGCCUCUACUGAGGGGGGCUUAUAG